CGCCGCCGCCGCCGCCCGCCCUGCGCCCCCACCCCGGCUCCCUCUGCCCCGCCCGCUCCCCCGCCAUUUUGUGGCCGAGCACUGCCCGCCGAGGACCGGCGCCGCGGCGGAGCUUUCCGCCUUUCCCCCGCCCUCUCGCGCUCCGACUCUAGUGGCGCCUCGGCUCGGCCCGACUCGCGCAGCCAUGUCCUCCGGCGCCAGCCCCGAGUACGCCUCCUUCUUCGCCGUGAUGGGCGCUUCGGCCGCCAUGGUCUUCAGCGCCUUGGGAGCUGCAUAUGGAACAGCAAAGAGUGGCACAGGCAUUGCAGCCAUGUCUGUCAUGAGGCCUGAGCUGAUCAUGAAGUCCAUCAUCCCUGUGGUCAUGGCGGGUAUUAUAGCGAUCUACGGCCUUGUAGUGGCAGUGCUCAUUGCCAAUGCCCUCUCACCUGAAAUCACGCUAUUCAAGAGCUUCCUUCAGCUGGGCGCUGGUUUGAGCGUGGGUCUCAGCGGUCUGGCUGCUGGCUUUGCCAUUGGCAUCGUGGGCGAUGCAGGUGUCCGGGGCACAGCACAGCAGCCCAGGUUAUUCGUGGGCAUGAUCCUCAUUCUGAUCUUUGCUGAAGUCUUGGGGCUCUAUGGCCUCAUUGUUGCCCUUAUCCUCUCCACGAAGUAAAUGUUGCGGUAUGAUGUAAAGAGAUGUAACAAAUCUAUGUUUAACAAAAAAAAAGCUCCAGAAUGAAAAUGGUUUCUCCAAUGUGUACAGUUGUCCCAAUUUGGUAGUUGAUCUCUUGUAAAUGCACAAUAUAUGUUAGUGACUCGUCUGUCCUGUGUGUACUUCAAUAUUAACUUGGAUGGGUUGCUCCAGGCCUGCUGCAUGGCUUGGGGUGGCCCGUGUGCAAUUUUCCACCCAUUGCUGUUAGUAUUUUAUGUAUAAAUAUGAACUAGAAAUGUAAUUUUUUCUCUUCACUGGAUGUUUAUUUAUAAAAGACUUGACAUGUUCAUACAUCUAUGGAGCAAGGAUUUUCAACUUCCCAUGCUAUAUAUAUUAAUCUUAUAUAUAGGUAUAUUACACUGUGGGGUAAAUUGUAAGUGCAGAGAAUUCCUUGGAUGUAAUUUUGAUUCUAAAGAUUGCUGUAGUGUCCUGGUAUUGGAGUAUGAGAAUUUUGUGUUUUAUUACAGCAAUUGUCUGAAACACUCCUGUGUUUCAAUAGUAACUGCGUAUGCUCCGGCAUCAGUCGUGCACCCAGUGUUGGGUUACAAACUUCUACCAUGUUUCCAAAUAAAACUUCCUCACUACA